UAUGGCGGAGUUGAUCAUUUUUUUUACUAUCAAAAAUCAAAAGAACAAACAUUUUCCAAGGAAAACACUAAGUGAAAACUGCUCAGUUCUGGAAAAAGAAAAACUGGAUGCAUGCCGGAAAAUUUCAGAUUCGGAAUGCAACCCAGGCCUUCUGGGUAUCGUGGGUGCCGGCAGCACCACCAAAAACCACCAGAUGGGUUUCGAUUCUGAGGGAAUAGUGGGACUUAUUGUUUGGAUGUGCUGCGUCUUGUACUCAUCCCUGCGUUCCGCUAGCCAGUCGUCGAAAAUCACCAUGUCCGAAAAUAUGCUAGUCAAGGAUAACGGGGCCGUAAGGAGCGGCGGAUCGGAUCACCUUGUUGAAAACGAAGGUAAAGAUGACGGCGACACUGCCGAACGGGGCGAGAAGAAGGUCUGGGAUAACGAGGAAGACACGGUUGCGUAUUCGUGGAGUUUCUUCCACUUGAUGUUUGCCUUAGCCACGUUGUACGUGAUGAUGACGCUGACCAACUGGUACAAGCCGGACUCGAGCUUGAACAAUAAGGCCAAUUCGGCGUCGAUGUGGAUCAAAGUCAUCUCGAGCUGGCUCUGCUUGGCGUUGUAUGGGUGGACGCUGGUCGCACCGAUUGUGUUGCCGGAUCGCGAGUUCAAUUAAUUUAUCCGUUUCAGUCUGAGAUGAUUAGAUGUGUGAUAUUUUGUUGUUGCUAUAAAUUCGUCUAUCUUUUAUUGUGUGUCGUUUCUUGUUUGAUUUUAGGAAGCACCUGUGAGUUUCGGCUUGGAGAUUAUGAGCUGCGAAUUUUACUAUCGUGUAUUCUUCCCUUAUUCUAAUGUUGUGAUCAAGUUAGAUACAAUUUUGUAUUACAUGCAAAUAAGUAGAUGUAGGUGUUACAGUUCUUUGUAUAUUGUUUUUAAAAAUGACUAGA